AUGAAUGUUUUAAAACAAAUUGAUGAAUGUUUUGUAAAUUAUAUGAAAAUUUAUGGUAACCAAGAAAUUGAUUCCUGUUGGGAUGAUGGAAUUGUAGUUAAUAAAUAUAUUAAAUUAGGAAAUGGAGAAAUAAAAAAUGAAGUAGAAAAUAAUAAAAUAAAAAAAAAUUAUAUAAAUAAGGAGAAUAUAGUUAAAGAAAACGAAGACUACAAUAAGGUGGUUUCAAAUAAUGAACUUGAGAACUACAAAAAGUUAAAUUUAAAUAAUGAAAAUUCAAAUUUAAGUGAAAUAAAUAGAAAUAAUGAAUCAGUAAAUUUAAACAUAAAAAAGAAAAAAGAAAACUUAUUUGUUUGCAAUGAUUUAGUAGAAAAUUGUUUAUGCUUAAAUUCCAUAGAAUAUCUAGAGGAACUAAAAGAUGCAACUUUAGUUAGGUGGACUUGUAUGAUUCAACAAAUAAUUUCUCCUGAAAGCUAUUUAGGAAUAUAUAAAUUAAAAAAUAAAAAAAACGGAGAAAUAAUUUUGAAAAGUUCUAAAUAUAAAGAUUAUAUUGAUACAGAAGAAAAUUAUGAAAUAAUUGAUGAUAAUGAAAAGACAGAUUAUGGAGAAUAUUAUGAAUUAAAUUUCAAAAAAUAUUAUAAAGAAAAUGAAUAUAUUGAAAAUGGUAAAGAAUUAGGACAAUGCAUAGAAGAGAAAGAAAAAGAACAAAUAUAUACAAAUAAUAAUAAUAACAAAAAGGAAGGUUAUAUAGAUAAUAAUUAUGGUAAUUUAUAUUUUUAUAAUAAUGACACAAAUUUUAAAAAAUAUUGGAAACGAUAUUUAUUUUUCUGUACGAAUAUUCCAGGAAAUAAAAGUUCAUGGUGCAAAGAAUUAUGUGAUUAUUCUUCUUAUCAUAAUGAUUAUAAAAUUUUUUUAAAAAAUAAAAAUGAUUUUGAAUAUAUGAAAAACACAAGUAAUAAUGAUAAUUAUUCAUAUUGCUCAACGAAUAGUUCUAACUAUAAUAAUAAUGAUAAUACAAAUAUUUUAAAAGAAACUAAUUAUAAUGAUAGAUUAAGUAUAUCAAAGGAAAAUAUGAAUGGUGAAUGUAAAAAUAAUAAAUCAAAUAUAAUGUAUAAUAUUGAUAAAAAUAACAAUGAAAAAAUGAAAAAAGGAAAAAUUGGGUGUAUAAUAAAAAUAUAUGAUGAUAAUAGUCAAUACAAUGGAAAAAAUGCUGAUAAUUUUUUAAAACUAAAUGAUAUAAUUGAAGUUAUCGGAAUUUAUCGUAAACAUCAAAUAAAGGAUUAUGAUGAUUAUAAAAAAAAUUUUAAUUUCUAUUUUUUUUAUGAUCAAAACUUUUUAAAAUAUUCUUGUAUUCACGUAUUCCAAUAUACAAAAAUAAAUUACUUUAAUCCUUUAAAUAACUGCAUAUUAUUUACGAAUGAAUUAUCAAAUAUUCUUGAAAAUGGUCCCUUUAAAGAUAUUAAUGAUUUAAGAAAACAUCUCCUUAUUUAUAUUUCAAGAUCCUUCUCAAAUGAUAUUUUAGUUGCUUACUACUUUUUUUUUUAUUUAUGUGGAAGUUAUAUAAAAGAAAGCAAAUUAAAAUUGGGAAAAAUUAGUUUAAAUAUUUGUAAUAUUGAUUAUGUAGAAGAAAAAAUUUCAAAGUAUAAUUUAAGUGUUGAUGAAAAUAAUACAUACAAUUUAAAUGAAGUAAAAAAUGAAUUCAUAAAAAAUAUAAACGAUGAAAUACUUAAUAAUGAAAAUGAAAAAAAUUUACUUCAAAAAAGUAUUGACAAUAACUAUAAUAUACAAGAAAAAUUUCAAAAGGAAACAAAAAAAUGCUAUCCUAAAUAUGCUAGAAAAAUGAAUAGAAUGAUUAAAAAUUUAAUUCCAUUACAUAGAUAUAUUCCUCUUUUAUUAAUGAAGUUAAGUAGCGAAUAUUUAGUAUCUGUAAUGGAUCAUAAAUGUGGUGAAUUAAAAAAAGGAAAGUUACAAUUAGCAAAUAAUACAUAUUUAGUUUUUGAUGAAUGUUUAUUAGAUGUUGGUAAACUUAAUAAUAUUAGUUUGAAAAAUUUUCAGUGUAUAGAAAGAUUGAUUGCAUCUCAAGAGAUUCCUUUUAUUUUUAACACAGAUAUUACUUUUGAAACACAAAAUAACAUAUUAAUAUUGUCAAAAAAACAAUCAAUGUUUAAAAAUUAUGUUGAUAUAAUUAUACCUGUAUUACAUACAAAGAAUAUGAGUUAUAAUGAACAUGAAGGUAAUGUGAAUGUAAAAUAUGAAAUUGAUAAAAAAGAAAAUAAUGUAAAUAAAAAAAAUAUGGAUACAUAUUAUGAAAAUAAAGAUAAUAUAGGUGAAAAUGAAAAAGUUGACAAUAAUAUUUUUUCAAAGGAAUUUAUUAACACAAAUGAAAAUUAUAAACCUAAUGAAAACGAAUUAAUGCAAUUUAGAAGAUACAUAAAUUAUUUAUUAUCAAAAAAUCAUUCAGCAAAAAUUAACUCUGAUGUAACUAAUUAUAUUACUGAAUCAUUUGUUUCUUUGAGACAAAAAAACAAAGAAAUAAAUCAAUUUAUUCUAAAUUCGUGGAUAUGUAUGUCUAGAAUUUUAGCUUUUUCAGAUGGAUAUGAUGAAAUAACAAAAGAUCAUUGGAAUUAUAUUAUGAAAUUAGAAAAUGAAAGAAGAUUAAGAUUGAAUCAUUUAAAUAAAAUUUACAUUUAA